CGGAUUCCGGAUCCACGGCCCGCGAAGGGACCAACAGGGCUCCGGCUGGGUAAACCUCGGCAAAACGAGGGGUGGCAGCAGUCAAACGGGGUCACGAGCAGGGGCGUCGCCGUAGCCCGAAUCACCUGGGACACGGCAGCACACCACCCGCGCCGAGAGACGAGAUGAGAUGAGCCUCUUCAACCGCCCGGCGAAACCAUGGCACGGCAUUUCUUAGUUGUGAGGCAAGACGAGACGCCUUCGCGGCUAGGCCGCGGGCACUCCUUGUUGCCGAUGGCUAAACCUCGGCCGGCCUCGCGACUCACGAUGCUUCGCUCGCAACAGACCGAGCGCGGCGAGCGAUCCCGUCAGACCCAGAAGGCGCUCGACACAACAGGUGCUAUAUGUUUUUAUCGACGCCGGCAACGACGGCUGGCUAUGCCGUGGCAUGAAUAUCAAUCGCCCGUCGUCUAUGUCGUCAAAGGCCGGCCAUUGCCGUCUCGUAACGACUGCACCACACGGGAUGAACCUCAUGCUUGUGUAAGUAGCUAGGGAGCAAUUGUUCGUGUUUUGUUGGCGACUGCCGCAUGACAUUCGAACUCAACUCCAGUGCUCCGAGGAAAACUAGAUCAAGGCUGAACGCAGGUCGUUUCGUGCAACCU